GCUUGGCUGGACCUUGCUGGAUGAGAGCGACGGACCGGUGACUGGCUUCUGUAGACCAACAAAGCACAGUGAACUCGGUUUAGGCCACGCUCUUGCAGGCGUCUGCCUCAAAGGUUUCGUGACAGAGGGUGCCCUGGCGGUCUGCAAAAACGAAGGUACGCGUCCGGUCUUAUCUGGCAUGUUGACGGUCCCAGGUUGCCUGGUGAUGACGACCUCCCCGUCUUCUUCGUGACAAUCCCAAUUUCCAAACAGGAUGGUUUCAAAGCUCUCACGCGGGUGGACAGGCUGCGGCAUCACCAAUGGAAUGGUGUACGGGCCUUUGGUGAACUGUUCAUGCUACCACACAAUCAUGUACAACGGCCAUAGAACUCACCACGGUCCAAUAAGCCACGAAGUACACGCCCUCGGUAGGCAUGACCCAGGGCGACGAUGGACGACUGCCGGAAUCAUUCCAAUCCUUGAGGUCAAUGUCCAUCGUCUGCUGGUAGUCAUCCGCCGAGGCUGGGUCAUCUCCCCAAUCGGACCACUCGCUGGGGGAUACAGCUUGCAUAUGCACAUCUUCUCGAGGAUCCACUUGAAGGGCAUUCUCUUCGUCGUUCGGGGGAGGAGUGAUCAUGAUGAUAUGGCGAUCAAAGAAGAACGAGUGGCAAGUGACCAGACAACAAAGGCGAACAGUGAGAAGACAGCGGACAGACUCAAGCUCUGUGCGCAGAGACUUUGCCGUGCAGGCGUACGGAAGAACCGAUGGGGGUGUUGAACAAGCGGCUCGAGUAUGGCGGCCUUAAAUAGAUAGCCGUGGCCACAGUCGAGGUUCAACAUGAGCCAAACAACGUGGCCUGAACACGUUGUUUACUAGCACCAACACGUCUGUGGCAGCGGGCUCCACUCGCUUAGGGAUACCUCCGGUCAAAUAUUAUUCGCGGGAGGCAAUGGGCCAUGCUGUGCAUACAUGCGAUUGGACUUCAUGGCCGAUACUUUUGCACU